UCAGGCUAGACUGCAGAGAACUCACAAUGGAUGGCAAGGUUAAUUCAGUCAAAGGGGGUGUUUCUGUACUCCAUAAGGUUGUACAGGGGAAGCAUCACUAUGAAGUGAACCGUGUGGUUAAGUAUAAAGACCAUGUGGCUGAACCUUUUGUAAGACAAGGAGAUAAACUGCUGAAGAUCAAUGGACAAGACAUUGAGAAUCUGACUCCAGAAGUGUUUGCAGAGUUGCUGACAAAAGGUUCACCAAUGUUGACAGUGCACCAACCUGGUAGGGAAACCCCUCCGGAGAAAUGUGAGGAGCAGCAAGGAAUGUAUCCUUUCAAUAAGAAGAAGACUAUUAUGCAACUGUGCCUGGAGAUGAGGCGGGAGGAGGAGCUGGAAGAGGAGUACGAGGAGAAUGGAGGGAAGGAUGGCAGGGGGCACCCCAACAACGAGAAGGAGUACCCCAAUGGAGACGAUCUCCAAUCGCAUUCAAGAGAACUGGAUGACCUUCUGCUGGUUUCUAUGACAAAGACCAGCAUUUCCAUUGUGAAAGGGCGAGGUUGUGAUGCUGAGAGCCCCUGUCAUGACUGUGGUGGAACAAAGUGCAACUUCAAUGAUGUGGUGAUGGUGGCCAAGUCCAGCGAAUUGACUUUGGUGUCCAGAGGAAUUACUAAUUUACUUCGAGAGAAAAUACAGGAGAGCAUUCUAAUUCGAGAUUUCCUGCUUGACAUGUAUAUCUACAACCUGGAUAGGACGGCUAUCAUGUCAAGGCAAUGUCAGCCAAAUGCAGACAUAUCAAUCUAUUACUACAAAUCUGACAGUGUGGAAUCUGACAAUCGGGGUGCUCCUGUUGUGCUGAAUUUCUCUGGCACAGAGUGCUUCCUCAACUGCAAAAACCAGGAUGGCAAAGCCAUACUUAGUAUAGAGAGUUGUGAUAAGAUCAAGCUGAAACAUAUUGUCAGUGGAGACAAAGAAACCUGGCCUUUUGUUUUCUACAUGAAACGUAACAAAGGCGACUCACUCCAUUUAUUUGAAUCUGCUAACUGUCCUGGAUGGUUUAUCCACUCCAAGAAUGAAGACGUUGCAGUGAAACGCCGAGAGACAGAAGAGGAGACAUUCUUCUUCAUAAUCCAAAAAACAAGGUGCUAAGUGAAGGAGAUGGCAGUCCAUACUAAAUGUUAAAACAAACAAAAAAAAAAAGAAAAAGAAAAUUACCUUGUAUUCUUAAGACUGCAUUAUUUACCACAAUCAUCAACCCCAAUCAUACCCAAUUAAUUUGUGUGAUGUUCAUUAUCAUAUUCAUUGUAAUUAUAGUAAUUGUGUGUGUCCAUCAUGUUUGGCUGUGAAUGAUCUACUUGAUCAUGAAUCUUCUCUGGAUGUGAAUAUCUGCAAAUUUUGUAUACUGCAUGUGCAUGUGCUACACAUAGUGAAAUUGUCAAUUAAUAUUACUGUGUAUAGCAACUUAACUUAACAAAUGAGUAAAUGCAAAUGUCAAGCAUACUUUAGCAGUUUAGUGAUCUAGUUUAGUGACCACAUUGAACUGUGAAAUUGUGAAGAAGAAAGCAAACAAUUGCAUUUAUUUGUAAGAGAACUAUAAGGAUAGAUGUUGAAUGAAUUACUGUAAAAAUGAUUCAUUCAUAUGUUUUCAUGUUUGUAAGAAAACCUGUGUUUAAUAACAAUGGAAUGUCAUUUUAGGGGGGUUAUGGGCAAGCUAAUUUUAUUGUGUUCUCAUAUUGUUUUAACAAUUUAUUUCUUCUUCCAUCUUACCAGAUAUAGAUAUUACACAAAUCAAGGUCUGAUAUAUAACAAAAAAAAUGAGUUUAUAAACAAUGUAUCAUUUAUUUAUUGUUUUAUAACCUUCUCUUCAGGUAGCUUCAGUGCUGCAUUUUUGGCAUAUCAGUUCUCAAACGUUAUUGUUGUAAAAUGAAAUAGAAAGCGUUAGAAAUAUUUUCUGACUGUAUACUUAUAUAUGGUGAAAUUAAAAGGCAGCAAGAAGGACAUUGCAAAUGCUGUAUGCAUUUAUUAAAGCACAGAUUUUACAAUCCAAAAA